AUGGGGGUAGGGGUGUCUUUACUGCUGCAGUUUUCUCUGACGUCUGGGGACUACCAGAGUGUGGGCGGAAGCCGGCGCUCCAGCCGCAGGAACAUCCCCGGGAGGAGCUGGAAAAAGCCUCAUCUCCAGCUCCACAGCCUCCAGGCAGAGGAAGAACCGAUGCUGGAACGUCGCUGCAGGGGCCCCGUGGCCAUGGGCCCUGCCCAGCCCCGACUCCUUUCUGGGCCCUCCCAGGAGUCGCCCCAGACCCUGGAGAAGGAGCCCCAAGGGCUGAGGUCACAAGGCACUGCCGUGGCCCAGUCGAGCAGCCAGGCCUUAGGUCGGGCCCAUCGUUGUGCCCACUGUCGAAGGCACUUCCCGGGCUGGGUGGCCCUCUGGCUUCAUGCCCGGCGCUGCCAGGCCCGGCUGCCCCUGCCCUGUCCCGAGUGUGGCCGUCGCUUCCGCCACGCCCCUUUCUUGGCACUGCACUGCCAGGUCCAUGCCGCUGCCACCCCAGACCUGGGCUUUGCCUGCCACCUCUGCGGGCAGAGCUUCCGAGGCUGGGUGGCCCUGGUUCUGCACCUGCUGGCCCACUCGGCGGCAAAGCGGCCCAUCGCCUGUCCCGACUGCGAGAGACGCUUCUGGCGGAGAAAGCAACUUAGGGCCCAUUUGCGGCGCUGCCACCCCCCGGCGCCCGAGGCCCGGCCCUUCAUAUGCGGCAACUGUGGCCGCAGCUUCGCCCAGUGGGACCAGCUGGUUGCUCACAAGCGGGUUCACGUGGCCGAAGCCCUGGAGGAAGCGGCGGCCAAGGCCCUCGGGCCUCGGCCUCGGGGCCGUCCUGCGGUGACCGCGCCCCGGCCCGGUGGAGAUGCCGUGGACCGUCCCUUCCAGUGUACCUGCUGCGGGAAGCGCUUCCGCCACAAGCCCAACCUGAUCGCCCACCGCCGCGUGCACACAGGCGAGAGGCCCCACCAGUGCCCUGAAUGCGGGAAGCGCUUCACCAAUAAGCCCUACCUGACCUCGCACCGGCGCAUCCACACGGGCGAGAAGCCCUACCCGUGCACUGAGUGCGGCCGCCGCUUCCGCCACAAACCCAACCUGCUGUCGCACAGCAAGAUCCACAAGCGCUCCGAAGGGUCUGCCCAGGGUGCCCCCCGCUCGGGGAGCCCCCAGCUUCCCGCCGGCCCCCCGGAGCCCUCGUCACAGCCCGCCGCGGAGCCCCCGCUGAAGCCGGCCCCGGAGCCUUUGGAGGCCCCAGGGGAGCCCCCCGGCCACCGGGCGGAGGCACCGCCCUCUCUCUACAGCUGCGAGGACUGUGGGCGGAGCUUCCGGCUGGAGCGCUUCCUGCGGGCCCAUCAGCGGCAGCACACGGGCGAGCGGCCCUUCACCUGCGCCGAGUGCGGGAAGACCUUCGGCAAAAAGACCCACCUGGUGGCCCACUCCCGGGUCCACUCAGGCGAGCGGCCCUUUGCCUGUGAGGAGUGCGGGCGCCGCUUCUCCCAGGGGAGCCACCUGGCCGCCCACCGGCGCGACCACGCGCCGGAGCGGCCCUUCGUCUGCCCGGACUGCGGGAAAGCUUUCCGCCACAAGCCCUACCUGGCCGCACACCGGCGCAUCCACACCGGCGAGAAGCCCUACGUCUGCCCCGACUGCGGCAAAGCCUUCAGCCAGAAGUCCAACCUGGUGUCGCAUCGGCGCAUCCACACGGGCGAGCGCCCCUACGCCUGCCCCGACUGCGACCGCAGCUUCAGUCAGAAGUCCAACCUCAUCACCCACCGCAAGAGCCACAUCCGGGACGGCGCCUUCUGCUGCGCCAUCUGUGGCCAGACCUUUGACGACGAGGAGAAGCUCCUGGCCCAUCAGAAGAAGCAUGAUGUCUGA